GCUACAAGCUAAGUUUAAAAACCACCUGAACCAUCCAACCUCUGUGCACUUGGAACUGGAACUAUCAACUGCUAGUGUGUAUUAGUUAAGAGAGUAGAGCACUUUGAUCUCCGUAUCCGUAACCAAAUUUUCGAUGGCGAGCGUGAAGGUAUUCGGGUCACCAACCUCGACGGAAGUCGCGAGAGUGUUGAUGUGCCUCUUCGAGAAGGAUGUUGAGUUCCAGCUGAUCCGAGUAGAUACGUACAAGGGCCAGAAGCGCAUGCCCGACUACCUCAAACUGCAGCCGCAUGGUCAAGCGCUAACAUUCGAAGAUGGGAAACUGACGCUUGUUGACUCGAGAGAGAUUUGCCGCCACAUUGCGGGGCGCAACCACGAGCGCGGGAACAAGGAGCUGUUCGGCACGUGCACGUUGGAGCGCGCGGCGAUAGAGCAGUGGCUGCAGACGGAGGCGCACAGCUUCGGCCCGCCGAGCUCGGAGCUGGUCUUCAACCUGGCGUUCGCGCCGCUCAUGGGGCAGGAGAAGGACGAGAAGGCGGUGGUGGCGAGCGAGCGCAAGCUCGGGGAGGUGCUUGACAUCUACGAGCGCAGGCUCGCGGAGGACGAGUACCUCGCAGGCCACAAAUUCACGCUCGCCGACCUCUCCCACGUCCCCAAUGCGCACCGCCUCGGCUCCAUCCCUGCGUGCCGCUCUCUUUUCGCGUCGAUGGCGAACGUGAACCGGUGGUGGAAGCAGAUCACCAACCGGCCCGCAUGGCGCAAGGUGGUGGCCAUGCAGCAGGAGCCAGCGCCGGUGAUCUAGCUAGUUGGUUGAUCAUCAUGGUUUUGCUUGUUUCCUCACUUCGUUUUUCUCUUUCAAACGUCGGAAUUUGGGUGUCGACAAAUUCUCCUGGAGUUGUUGUCUCGCUAUCUCUUUUCAUAUUUUUUUCCCCCCUUGCAUACGUACGUGCAUUUUAAGUCUUAAUGUACUCGACGGCUUUGUGCCGGUUUCUGACUGCAGUUCGCUAUGAAUAACAUAAUUCCCUGAUCGA